UGACUGACCCCACCCAUCAGCAGCUGAGCUGAGAGUGUGUGUGUGUGUGUAAGAGAAGGAGAGCCCGGAGGCAGCGGCAAGGCCGGCUCGUUCUGGGCGGACAAUAGCGAGGCGCUGGGGCCUGGCUGCGCUGCGCGAUCAGGGCCGGGAGCAGAGGCAGGGGGCAGGGGCAGGAUGCUGGCGCUCUUCACCAAGCUGCUGGACUGGUUCCGGGCGCUCUUUUGGAAGGAGGAGAUGGAGCUCACCUUGGUGGGGCUGCAGUAUUCGGGCAAGACCACCUUCGUCAACGUGAUCGCGUCGGGGCAGUUCAAUGAAGAUAUGAUCCCAACAGUGGGCUUCAAUAUGAGGAAGAUCACCAAGGGGAAUGUUACCAUAAAGCUGUGGGACAUCGGGGGCCAGCCACGUUUUCGUAGCAUGUGGGAGCGGUACUGCCGUGGAGUCAGUGCAAUUGUAUACAUGGUAGAUGCUGCAGACCAGGAGAAGAUUGAAGCCUCAAAGAAUGAACUUCACAACCUGCUUGAUAAACCACAGCUCCAAGGCAUUCCUGUCCUAGUUCUUGGAAACAAGCGAGAUCUGCCUGGAGCCUUGGAUGAGAAGGAGCUCAUUGAGAAGAUGAAUCUUUCUGCCAUCCAGGACCGAGAGAUCUGUUGCUAUUCAAUCUCUUGCAAAGAAAAGGACAACAUUGACAUCACCCUACAGUGGCUUAUUCAGCACUCAAAGUCCCGGCGAAGCUGAGAUCCCUUUGGCCAUGACUUGGAUUGGGAAGAUGCCAUUGUAAAAGCCCAAAUGCACCUCCUCCUUACUUUUUUCCCCAUCUCCUGCUCUUUCCAUCCCUCUCGCCCACCUCCCUUUCCCUAGAUGGGUAUUUUUAGGGGAUCCCAGACUCCUCCUCUGCUGAAAUUGAACUCCUGUUUUUAUUGUAAAGAAACUGUCUGCCCUCUCCUCCUUCUUGCUCCUUACUCUGGUUUUGGCACUGUUCUGUUGUUGUCGGUGUGUGUACAGUAUAUAUAUAUAUAUGUAUAUAUAUAUUAUAAUUUUUUAAUUUAAGCAAUUACGCUGUUACUAAAUGGGGCCUGUGAGCUCUCGAGGGGACAGCGGCAAAUGGAAGGAGCAGGGAAGGACCAAAUGCAGUAUUGGGAAUAUCACAAGCAGCCCCAGGACAGUUGGGCCCCUGCUGGGGUGGAGCAUGGCUUGGUUUAAUACCCUCCCUACAAGAGACUUCCUCUCUUUAAAUCUCCCUUCUCCCUCUAUGAUGGAAUCUAGGGCUCCGCCAACUCUGUUUCCUUCUCUGCUGCCCCAAGAUGCUCCAUGUUACAGAUGGGUGAUGAGCCCCCAGGAAAGGCUCAUAGUGCAGUAUUGUUUUCAUGUUCAGUCUUCUGGUCUGAGGCUUCAGGGCAGAGUAUCAUCUCAUUCCCCCAUCCUUUGAAUCCGGGGAGACGAGGACCAAUUCCAAGCAAACAGGGCAUAAUGUUCUGUCUAAAUGAGCUUUAGCCUCUCACUCAGCAUGCUCCUUGAGAACUCUUGCUACUGUCCUGCACAGACCUUAAUCUGGUGUAUGCUGAGUAUCUUCACCCUAUGCAAGCCUGCUUGCUAGCCUUCCUUCCUGGAGGAGUCUUUCUGCAGGAAAGGGCUUCGCACCUCAACUAAAGUUGACAGUGUGUGACAUACACAGUCCUUAAGUGUGUAAAGGCAGAAUCUGGACCUGGAGUUUAAUGUCCUGCCAAAGAAACCCGAUUUGGAAUGCCACCAGCUGUUAAGGCCCUGUUCCUAGACCUUCCGUACAAAGAUAUUUUUGUAGAUUGUUCAGCUUGCAGGAGAGAAGAGUGGUUUAGGGACAGUUUCCCUCCACAGGCUUGGACAAGGCAUAGGCUGGUGGAUGAUUGUCUCAGAUUCUUAACUCCCAUCAGUGUGCAUUUCAGAGCAAAAAUGGUAGAAGAUGAGAGCAGUGCUCAGUUUUAGAUCUUUCUCUGGGGUACAACUAGGUCUUUAAGAGCAAGGUUAAGUUAGGCUUUGCUUCUGGGAUAAGAUAUAUGAACAGAAGGCAAAGUGUUCCUGUUCUCUCACAUACAGCUGUGUGCACAUACAUACACAGUUGUAUGAGACGAUUGUACUUUGCAACCUGCUGAACAAUAAGGUGCUUAUGUUUCUACCUGUAGGCUGGGGUAGGAAGAAGGGAAUGUACUUGACUUAUACAGGUUGGUGCAGGCUGGUGUAGCUUAUUGCUGCCCUGUAUUUGUUUUUGGCUCCCCCAGGAUUUCCAGCAGCUACAACAGGAUCCAGGAAGGGGAUUGUGGGAAGGACUAGAGGGCUUCAUGGGUUUGCCCCAUUUUGAAGGGCAGCUGACUGCAGGAGACAUGUGACCAUGUCUGCCUUUACCCAGCUUAAGCUAUAGGCAGGCAUGAGACUGCAGAGUCCUUCCUGCUGUUGCCUGGCCCUGCCCUGUAUGGAGCUGCUCCCCUCGAGGAGGGGGCUUUAUAAUUGCAUAUUAUUUUUUUCUCCUCUUCAUCAUCAAAUUGCACAAGGAGAACUCUUAAUUUUUUAAUUUAAUGAAUUGUAAAAUGACAUUUAUUCCUUUUUUAAAUAUAUUUUUGGCUCAUAUUUUGACCUUUGUUGGGAAAUGAAUCUUGUAAUAGUACUUUUUUUUUUGCUUCCUAAUAACAAUAAAUUAACAAUUUUGUGUUGGUCGUGGUUGUACUGUGGUUGUCUUUCUUCUGAACUGGUUUGCAUUUUCUCUCUUCCCCAUUCUGUUCCUUGCUCUGUUUUAACCUGCUGCCUGCUAGAGAUGUAGUUUGUUUCCUUUUGAGGGGACUAGAAUUGGACAACUUUUAUGGCUUAUGCAGAAGGGAAACACCAGACUAAGGAGAGCAAGCUUGUCUUUAGAUACUUCCAAGUGUCAUUCAAUAAUUACUAAAAAUAUUUAGCUGACAGACAUGUAUGUUGUUGGGGUUUCUAAAUUGACUUAACCACCCAUCUUACGGCUACAGUAAGAUAGUAGUUAAAAGGCAAGCUCAGUAUUGCAAACUAUGAGGAAAUGAAACUGCUGCUGUGCUAAUACAUCCACAUACAUCUAUGGUAUAGCUGCAUUUAGAAAUAUUUGUCCAAGUUAUUAUCACUGUGUCAAAAACGUUAUUACAGUACUUGUAAAGGCGCUAUGAAGACCCACCAAAGAUGCUAUGAUUGGAUAAUUUUGGCCUAGAGGAAGGAAGAAGUAAUGUACAGUAUUUAAUUUUCUACAAAGGUUUAUACGGUUAUAUUACUAGAAUAUGGGAGAAGGGAAUCAUUCAAAGAAAUUGAUUUGUGGUGAUACCACAGCAAACAGAAAUAUUUCCACCUAACUUAUGGCAUUCAUUGCUACAUGAGAUGCAUAGUGGCCACCAUCUUAAAAUAGGGGUAGAUGCAUUAAUCGAAGACUAUAAAAGUACUGUCACAUUUAACCUCAAAGUAUAUGCUUUGCAUGUCAUGGAACAGCCCUUUAUUUGCUGUGCAAAGCCUUGAAGCAACUGUAUGCAGCCUUCAGUGUUUAGAGCCAUAUGACUAAAACCAUCACUCAUAUUCUUGGCUUAUCCAUCUCCAUCAUGGUGCAUCCUUACAGCUCCAUGAUGAAGGGAGUCUACAUGUGCUGGAGUGUUCCCUGAAGAAGGGAAGAGACAACAUCCCACAACAUGCAUAGUUCAAAGUACAGUUGCACAGUAACUGAAAACACUGCUAGAGAACAUGUAGCACACUAAGUUUUGCUGAGCUACAACUCCUGUAAUCCUUCAUUUGUGGACAGAGUGAUUGGGGCUGAUGGGAAUGGAGUCCAACAAUACUUGCAGAGUUAGAGGUCCACCAGCUUUAUUCUAAAGGCAUAUAAAUCUCAGAAAUGGGUUGGUCGACUACAACCCAAAGUUCAACUGGACAUAGCUACUUAUCGUUAAAUGUAAUGUGGUAUUCUCCUGAAGGAGAGGAAAAAUAUGUACUGCCUACUCAUAUACAAUUAUUAAUGUAAUUUACACAUUAGCUGUUUCUACCUAGCUUUUCUGGUGUGGCUUUUCCCUACAUGAGAGUUUCAUUUUUGACGCCCCCUUUCAUCCUAGCAGUAAGGAAGCAACAAGCAUGUUAUUGAGACUGAAUGAAGUAACUUCUUCCCAGUAACACUGUACAGUUAUGUUCCUGAGUGUGCACUCAUACUCGUUGUACACUUCUUUCUCCACUUCUGUAGUAGUUAAAAUCUUUGGUUUCCGAUUCCCCUUUCUGAAGGGUGUUAGACAUUCUGAGGCUAUCACAGACAGAAAAGGGGCCAGACACCACUCUUAAUAUGAGCCAGAGGCUAAGGAGAUGAGAGCUGUUUAGCAGGAACAAGGAGACAAUCCUUGAGCAAAUGAACUGAUGGCAUUUUGGUGGGAGUUGAAGGCAUUGUGAUUGUCUUAGUCUCUAAGAUAUGUCACACUUUGCCAAAAAUGUCCAUGUUGCUGCAGACAGAUACAGUUAGCCUUCUGGAAUUUAGUUUACCUCAGCAAUUCUUUUCUCAUAUACCAGAGAGACUUGGAAGUUAUAGCGAAACCCGUGAGUUUGACCUUCAUAUUUUCUUGUAGGUCAGUUUCUGAUCCAUAGUAACUGAAGAGCUAAAUAUAUGAAACUGUGGCUGGAUUAGGCCCAAGAUUCAUCCAGCCAAAUGACUGAGAGAAUCACAAGUGAGACUUGAUACAGCCAUUGCAAGGGUAGGUAGCCUGCAACCUUCCAGAUACUUUGGAUUACAACACUCAUAGGUCCAGUUACCACAGCCACUGACCAUGGAUGAUGUGACAUAUAGUCGAGCACAUCUGGAAGGUAUAGGGUUGCCUAACAUGUAUCCUGGGCCUAUGGAAUGUGUGGUCUUCUCAGUAUCUUUGGAUACAUCCUUGACUAUUGCUUCUGUUGGGUAUGCUGAUUGGGUCAGAGUUAAACAACAUCAGGAGGGCCACAGGUUCCCCAUUACUGCAUUUAAUCCUCCAUCUCUUGGUCUUGCAAAGUGCUCUCAAGGUUUUGAUCUUAAGGGAAUCUUCUCCUUAUUGACAUAACAGCAGGGGUUCCCUCACCUGGAAUAUGUAAUGAAACCUGCUUGCCACAAAGGAGUGUGGGUCACGUUCCUAGCCAUACACUUGGGCCACAUGAAGCACUGGCCAGGCCUCACCACCUCCUUGUAUCACUCAAGUAUGUAUGCCAUGGAACACAACCAGCAUUGCCCUGUAGUUUGGUGCUGCAAUGGAAGAUAAGCUCUUUUCAGAAUUCCUCCGCCUUCCUUGAGCUGCCCUCAUCAGAGGCUCAUUUGGGACCUACAUAAUGAACUCAUCGGGUGAUGUAUAUUUGUUGUCUUCUAGGUGUUGCUGUUGCUGGUUCUAUUUACAGUGGUGCCUCGCUUAACGAGCGCACCGUUUAACGACGAAUCCGCAUAGCUAUCUG